AUGAAAUUUUCUAUCGUCGCCUCCAUAACUCUUGGGGGCCUUUGUCUCAACAACGCCUUUGGGGCACCUUUGGGUGACUUGCAAGAGUUUUUUGCAGCCAUUCCUGAUCUCCACAUCAACGUGUGCUAUACGUACAAUGGCAGCCAGCAGUGCGUCGAGCCCACGAUUGUGACGCUUCUCGAUGGAGAAUCGCAAAGUUCUCUCGAUUGCAUUUUAGAAAUUCCCAUGUCUGGGCCACACCUCAAGCAGCUUAUGGAGAAUAUGCCUUCAAAGGCUCUCAUGGCGAGAAUCCCACGUCAUUUUUCUCUGUUCUACAGCAUGACAGGCCACCUCUUCAAGAAUCUGAAAUACUCGUCCGCUGUUCGGAUCUUCGCCACGAUGUUGGGCUCUGCUGCCAUUACCUGGUCGAUCCUCUUCGUUGCGGAUGAUAAGACCCAUCAAAGCACACAAACCAAUCAAAGCACCCAAAACACCCUGGAUUCCUCUGACAACCCAUCCCAGCCUAUGGAAUCUCUUCCAAUCAAAGUGCCUAACAACUCAUUCAACAGCCGUGACCUGAGUCCCUUUUUUUCAACCCUCCAGAGGUGUCGCUUGCGUGCUGCCGUGGCUACUAUCAACGCCGUGGCUCUUCAGAAUCAAGGCCAGAUCGAUUUCAAGCUGGACCUGCUGGAAUACUUUGCAGCUCUCGUGCCACCUAUGGCUCUGUUGAGCCCUUCGGACCGCUCAGGCCAGCUUGCCGAGGGAAAGCUGUUGCUGCUGCUGCCCGAGAGCCUCGCCCCACCUAGAGCGUGGCUCCAGCCAGCGCAUUCCAGAGAAGCAGAAAGGAAGAAGCAAAAAGGGUUUGCUGUUGGUAUUGCACCAGUUUCUGCUCGAAAAAACACCUUUGAGAUAUCGACAGCUGAAGGGAGGGAAGCGUUGAAGAAGUAUAUAGCAGAGAAGAGAGGCCAGAGCCACAUGGGUCUAGUCUCGAACAAAGAGGCCACGGACAGCCAAGAUGCCCAAGAGAACGACACCAAUAUUACCACUACAUAUGGAGAGGUGAGCAAGUUCUGUCCGGAGACAAAGAAGAAGUACCGUCGUGUGUUCGUGGCCAACCGAGGGUGGAUGUCUAUGCGGGCGUUCGAAGAGGAAGAGAGAAAGUAUGGGAGUGAGAGCGUGGUCCGCAGCCGAAGAGAAAUGGCCGCAACUAAUGCUGGAGGCAGCAUGUGA